AAUCCCCAAAGUUCAGGGGGUCUUAUGAAAUUAAUCCCAAGAAAACCAUUGCAAACCUCAAAGCAGCAGAGGGCAAAUAGGAUUCGACCAUGGCGACCUUCCCUUCUUUAUAUGCGCUCUCCCUAAUUUUAUACCCUCGCCAUUACCACACGCUGAUCAGAUCCCCAUCACGUGUCCAUCCCAACCCUUAUCACUAUUUAACCUCUCCCCAACCCUAACAACCUCCUCUCCUUCAUCCUCUUGAGCGGAGGAGGGGAAAAAAAAAGAAAAAAAAACACCUAAUUUGAAAGAACCGAGGUCAAAAAGUUGGAAUCUUUGAUGGAUUAUCACUCGAACAAUGGGCUGUUCGUGCGGCGAUCGUUCGUUCGGCAGCGGAAUCCAGCGGUUCGAUGGGUUAGGGAUUGGAUUCCGCAGGAGGUUGCAGGGACUGGAAAGAGGGUUUAUCUUUUGAAGUGGGUUAGAGAGGAUAUGUUAAAAGUUCUGAAAGAGAAGUUUAAGGAGCCUGAACCAGAGGAGCCAAAACCUGAACCAACUACUGAGAUUCUCUUCCUCUGCAGCUAUGAAGGUUGCAACAAAGCUUUCCCUAAUGAAAGUCAAUACAGGAAACAUGCUCAUAUCCAUGGUGAGAGGCAAUAUGCUUGCUCUUUUCCUGGCUGUGGAAAGAAAUUUUUAGAUAGUUCUAAGUUGAAGAGGCAUCAAGUUGUUCAUACUGGAGAAAAGAAUUUUAUUUGUCCUCAUGAAGGAUGUGGCAAGGCGUUCAAUUUGGAUUUUAACUUAAGGGCGCAUAUGAAAAUUCAUUCCCAAGAGCAUUAUCAUGUUUGCCCUUACGCAGAUUGUGGCAAAAGGUACACACAGGAGUGCAAACUAAAAAGUCACAUCAAGAUGCACCAUGAAAAGAAUCCGGCAGUGGAAGUGAUGAAGCAUACACCGCCAGCAGAGAAACCCCACAAUAUCGUGAAGGCCUCUCCUUCAGUAGUUUACAGUUCCCCUUCUUCUGAUCGCCCUUAUGUCUGUCCUUACGAAGGUUGUGGAAAGAACUACAUUCACGAAUACAAGUUGAACCUUCACUUGAAAAAUCAACAUCCCGGCCAUAAUACAGUAGAAGAAGCCAGUGAUCAAGAUGUCUAUAUUGCAAAAGGCGGUGUUGCCAAGAGUUCUAAAAGAAACAAGCCGAGUCUGCAGCACAAAAUGCCACCAGCAAAACUAGCAUAUCAGAAAAGCUCUCCUUUGGCUUCUGCAAGUGUCAGUGUUAGCAAGCAGCAGCAGUGGCCACCAAGCAGAGAUAUAUAUGAAGAAGAUAGUGAGGAAACCGAAGAAGAGAAUGAGAAUGUUGCAGGAGAGAGUUGGAGAUAUCGGGAGGUAAAUGGUGAUGAUGAAGAAACUGAGGAUGAGGACUGAGGCCCGGCAUUGUAGAGGUAAUUGAUAUUUGGUUUAGAAAGGAGAAUUUUUUAGGAUCAAAGUCGGGGAGGUAUUGGGAGGUGAACCUUCAAGAAGAGGAAACUGAGUGUGAGGAAUGAGCUCAGGUUUGUUUUAUGUAAAUUUGACUUCUGAGGGACAAUAAGGUUGACGCAAUGAUAGGUAAUGUUAUCAUUGUCUUUGAUAAUCUAACAAAUUUCUUGUUUAUAGAGUGGUUCUAUUGGUAUUUUCUGCUA